GUGGGCUGCAGUAGAGGACCGCCGGUGUGUAUCCACUCAGUGAGCCUGAAAAGCGGGCAGUCCGUUGCUACUCCGGAAUUUGUGGAAUUUCGGGUUCUAAAUUAGUCAGCGCAGACAAUCGUCUGGGUGUUCCCAAGAAAUACUGUAAUCACCGAUAAGGUUUCUGAGUCCUCAACAUGUCUCAAGCUGAUAAACUGAAGCAGGGCCAGUUCACCAACCCAGAGACCCCUGGGUACGUGGGCUUUGCCAACCUCCCCAACCAGGUCCACCGCAAGUCUGUGAAAAAGGGCUUUGAGUUCACCCUGAUGGUGGUGGGUGAGUCUGGUUUGGGGAAGUCCACCCUGAUCAACAGCCUGUUCCUUACAGACCUCUACCCUGAGCGAGUAAUCCCAGGAGCAGCAGAGAAGAUCGAGCGCACCGUGCAGAUCGAGGCGUCCACCGUGGAGAUCGAGGAGCGGGGGGUGAAGCUGCGGCUGACCGUGGUGGACACGCCCGGAUACGGAGACGCCAUCAACAGCCAGGACUGCUUCAGCACCAUCAUCGCCUACAUCGACGACCAGUUUGAGCGCUACCUCCACGACGAGAGCGGGCUGAACCGCCGCCACAUCGUGGACAACAGGGUGCACUGCUGCUUCUACUUCAUCUCCCCGCUGGGACACGGCCUGAAGCCCCUGGACGUCCAGUUCAUGAAGGCCAUCCACAACAAAGUGAACGUGGUCCCCGUCAUCGCCAAAGCAGACACGCUCACGCUGAGGGAGAGAGAGAGGCUGAAGCGCAGGAUUUUGGAUGAGAUCGACGAGCACGGCAUCAAAAUCUACCAUCUUCCUGACGCGGAGUCCGACGAGGACGAGGACUUCAAGGAGCAGACCCGGAUUCUGAAGACCAGCAUCCCGUUCGCGGUGGUGGGGUCCAACCAGCAGAUCGAGGCCAAGGGGAAGAAGGUGCGAGGCCGCCUGUACCCCUGGGGCGUGGUGGAGGUGGAGAACCCCGAGCACAACGACUUCCUCAAGCUGCGCACCAUGCUCAUUACCCACAUGCAGGACCUGCAGGAGGUGACCCAGGACCUGCACUACGAGAACUUCCGCUCGGAGCGCCUCAAACGGGGCGGCAGGUUGUCCUCACAUGGUUACAUUCUGCCUCUGUCUCCUGCGAAGGGACCGGAGCCGGAGGAGAUGGACAAGGACAUUAUCCUCCAGGAGAAGGAGGCUGAGCUGCGACGCAUGCAGGAGAUGAUCGCCAAGAUGCAGGCGCAGAUGCAAAAGCAGGGAGACGGAGAGGGAGACAGUCAGCAAAUGUGAAGAGAACGGUCUUCGACUUCCGUGACGGCCAAGCCAGGGAGAGCGAGACGCGCUGGGAGGGGCCGCUCCUCGUCCGCUGCCAGUGCUGCCUGCCAGAAUUUCUGUUAUUCCACUCCUCUUAGCGACUCGCCUUUUUAUAAGCAGUAUUGUCUCACCUUUUUAUAUUCGCACACGUCGUCGCUACUAUGUUAACUUGUGCUAUUAUAUCGUGCUAAGCCAGUUAUCGAUAUGAACCCCCCCCCCCUCCAGCGAGAGGUGCAUGCUGUGUUACAAAGAGCCAUUUUGUGUUUAUUUUUUUCUUUUUUUGUCUUAUAAAUUUAAGAAAGCCAAAUGCUGCUGCCGUUCUUUCGUCAGUGGAACCCUGCACUCCAGAGCUCGCUGUUCAGCUGUGUGCUGUGCCAGCGCUGCUGGUCCCAGUGCCUAAAUGUCUUGCGUUUCCAUUGGGGCUUGUGGCGGUUUUGAGCAGCGGGAUUGGCUCACACGGGGACUUUUUACAGCGGUUUGUUGUUCUUUGCUUCGCAUCUGGACGCAGGAUAGUCCAGUGAAGGUCACCAGCAGCUUUUUCAGUAGGAUGCAGGACCCCAAGCCAGAUCGCUAAACCGCUAACUUCAUUGAGUGGUGGGUACAAAAAGAUAUUUGUACAUGUUAGGUAUACGUUGUACCAGCAUGUAGUUGUGCAUGAUGGUACAAUAAUAUGCUCAAAAUCCAUAUACCAAAAAAAUAGGACUUGAAGCUUAAUGUGCUGUCACUCGAAUUCAGCACAAAUGAUGUUUUCAAUGGCUGGUUUACCUUACUAACAUGUUAGGUGUGUCUUUUUGACUAUGCAACAUCAAAGCAGUUUUAAUUGCCACCACAACUAAGGGCUGUUUGUCAUUUUAUAUGUAUAACGCAUAACACAUUCCUAGAAAAACUGGUCUGCAUUAUAAAUUAUUCUUUUUUCUGGUUACAUUUUAGUUACAGGGCAUUUUUGCAGGAUUCUUUUUUUAUUUCUAAGAAUCAGUUUCUGGAUACCACAGUGCUGUCCUCUUCCAGUUUGGAGCCCGACUGUUUUGUGUCAAAAUGGCUGAUAUUUACACUGUGAGUUCUGUCCGUGACCCUUGACCCUUGAUCAAUGAAGGAGAUGUAGCCACACCUUUUACCCAGAGAUAUGCUUGUUUCCGAUGUCUGUGCCACCUGGGAAAUGUAGGUCUUCCACAACGCGUGUGGGUCAUUUGUAGUUAUGGGAGGGGUUGCCAUAGACUGGGACUUAUCAGGUCACAUCUCCCCAGGCACACCCCCACCUCUGUCGAUUUGGAUAACAUUCCGUCAUCUCCAUUUUCAGUGAUUUUAAAUCCUUCAGUGAUGGAAAAUAAUCCUUAUUGAAUACUGUCUUAUUGUAAUAAAAUUUCUAUUAAACCCUU